UUCACAUUCAUUUCAACACCCCCACUCAUUUCCCUCACCACUUUCUCUCUCUAGAAAUUCUCUUUUGGGGUUCAAACAUUUUCGAAGAUUUUGCAUUGUGUGAAAAUUGUUGCAAGAUAGUGUGAUAUACAAACAUAAAUUCGUUAUGAUUGUGAUGAGAUUUGGUUGAGCUGAUUUUGAAAUUAAGAAGAAAUGCCAUUCAGCAGAUAUCAGAUACGAAAUGAGUUCAGUUUGGCUGAUCCAGAGCUGUACAAAGCAGCGGAUAAAGAUGACCCUGAAGCUUUACUUGAAGGUGUUGCCAUGGCCGGUCUCGUUGGCGUUCUCCGUCAGCUCGGUGACCUAGCUGAGUUUGCAGCAGAGAUUUUCCAUGGUUUGCAUGAAGAAGUAAUGGUAACUGCCACCAGAGGCCAUGGAUUACUGGUACGUGUUCAACAGCUUGAAUCAGAUUUCCCUGCAAUUGAAAGGGCAUUUUUGUCACAAACAGGCCAUUCAGCAUUCUUCUCCAGUUCAGGUAUUGGUUGGCAUCCUAAUUUGCAAACAGAGCAAAAUCUUAUUACAAGGGGAGAUUUACCUCGAUUUGUCAUGGAUUCUUAUGAAGAAUCUCGUGGGCCACCUCGGUUGUUUCUUCUAGACAAGUUUGAUAUUGCUGGAGCUGGGGCAUGCUUAAAACGUUACACGGAUCCAUCAUUUUAUAAAGUGGAGGCAUCUUCGUUUGAAAUGAGGAACACAGAAGCUCAAAGGGGCAAAAAUGUCCGUAAAACAAAGAAAAAAGGAUCAAAAUGGAAAAAUGGAGAGACUCCUGAUGUUUUUCAGCCAUCACAUGUCAAACUUCAUCAAUUACUCCUUGAAGAGCGCAUGCAAAAUGGAACAAGUGAGCCCACACGUCAUGUGAAAUUAAAGAAAAGAGAAAUUAAAUUUCCAUUCGAUACUGAAACUGGAAAAGGCUACAUGGAGACUUUAUUAACUUCUCCACCUGAGGAUAAACUUGUCCAUGAAGUACCUGUUCGACCCAUGCUUGAAACACAUGAUGAGGGUAUUAUGGUCAAUUCACCUAGUCAAAAUGGAAGCCCAUUUGAAUCUCCAAGUGUGGAUAAAUCAGUCUCUAUGGAGCACAUGAAUAACAUGUCCGGAAUCAUGAUUCCGGAGCUUCCGGAAAACGAAACCGAGGGCGAUUCCGGAAUUGAGGAGGAGGAGGAGGAGGUAGAAGAGAAGCAUAUAUCUGUUGAAGGGAAUCACAAAGUGGAUGAUGUUUCUCCUGAUGGUUAUCAAUCCGAUGAUGUUGUAAGUGAGGGAGAAAAUUACGUGGAUGCCCUUGCUACAAUGGAGUCAGAAAUCGAAACGGAAACUGAACUUAGAACUAAUUCUGAUGCGAAUUUAGAACAGAUUCAAUCACAAUUUUCAGAUUCUCAAUCAGGUGAUGAGAUUGAGAAUGGCUCAAUUAAGAAGAAAAUGGAAACAUUUUCAGAUUCUGAAACUUCCACCACUUCAACAGACAAUACCCCACGUAGUGUCACCUUUGCAUCUACCGAAAUACCGUUUCGCCCUCGAAUUUUGCCUAGCCAAGUCUCGGAUGAAGGGGUAGUUUUGGAAGAAAGUGGUUCCAAAGAAUCGGGAUUGAGUGAAAUGUCAUCAAGCAAUCAAAUUGAUCCAGAAGCCAUUGCAGCCUCUACAAAUGAUGAUCCAUCUUCAUCUAAUCUUCAAAGUGAGGAUGGUAAUUCCAAUUCUACCCUUGAAAUUUCACAGGUGGAAGAACAGCAGCCUUCUGGUCCCACUCCCUCCUCGGAAGAAGUUGAAAAUUGUGAUGCAGAUGUGGAAGUGAAACCUAGUGAAGAGAUAUCAUUUAUUCCUGAUACUUGUUCUUUACUUAAAGAAGAGUUAACAGAUGAUGUUCUUGAGAGUAAAUCUGAUAGGGAUUCAGAUGAAAUAGAAUCAAAGGAUGAUAGCAAUAGUGACAAUAAUAAUUAUAGUAAUAAUAAUAAUAAUCUUCCUAUUCUUGAGGAUGAAAAAGAAUCAGUUAAUAAUUCAGUCACUAAUCCUGAUGAAAUUGAUAACAAUGAAAGUAAGAGUCUUUCUACUUGUGAAGAUACAGAAUUAGAUGAGAGAAAAGUCGAAUCUUUCAACUCUGAAAUUGAAGCUUUGACUUUUGCUGAUGAGAAGGAUGAAGAUGCUGAUGAUGAUGGUGAGAAUGGUCCAGUCAUUGAUGAUUCCGAUGAAUCUGUUGGAAAGCAGGAAUCAGUUAUUACUCCGGAGUUGGAUUCCAUUCCUUCUGAAUCUGGUGAAAAGAAGGAACCAGAUGUUUCUACAGAGUUAGACUCAGUUCCUUCUGCAGCUUAUGAUCAUUCCAACAUACAAUCUCUUGAUUCAAUUCCCACAAAUGAAAAUUUGGAUGAAAACCUAACUGUUCUUGAAAAAACCGAUGAAAAUGGAGAUGUUCAACUUCAACCAGAUCUGGACUUUGAAUCCAAUCAAGAUGUUGUAGAAUCUAAAUCUACAAACAACGAAAUUCAAGAACCUGUUUAUGAAGAAUCAUCUAUGGAAGAUUUACCACAAUUGGGAAAUGAAAACAUCUCAGAUGAAGUUAAUUUUAAUUAUCCAUUAGCUCCAGUGUUUACUGAACUCAACAUGCUUCCACCAUUAUCACCUCCAAUCAACCUGGAGGAGAUGCCACCAUUGCCGCCUCUUCCACCUAUGCAAUGGCGGAUGGGAAAGCUUCCCAACAAUGAUGAUCAACAACAAAACCACUUCCCACCACCUUUUCCUCAAAUUAUGACUCCCCCAUCACUACCACAUCAAAAUGAAAUUACAGAAAACCCUAAUUCUCAACAUGAUAAUCAUCAAGACACUGAGAUUUCUACUUCCACUUCCACUUCACACACCGAGCAAGCAAAAGUUGCAGAAGAACAGAUUGUCAUACUUCCAAAACCAUCAAUUGAUGUUGAAGAACAACAAUCUCAAAAUGUUUCAACUUCUGGACAAGAAUCGAGUGUUUCUUCAAUUCAUGAAGGUGAUGAUGAUGAAAGGCCAAAUGGAAUUGGAAUUCGGCCUAUGAAAGUUCAGAGACCUCGUACGCCUCUCAUUGAUGCAGUUGCUGCUCAUGACAAAAGCAAGUUGAGGAAAGUUUCGGAAAGAGCAAGGCCUGAAAUCCAAGAAGAAGAGGAAAGAGACACUUUAUUGCCAUUGAGGAAGGUUUCAGAAAGAGCAAGGCCUCAAAUCCCAAAAGAAGAAGAAAGAGACACUUUAUUGGAACAAAUACGCGCUAAGUCCUUCAACUUGAAGCCAGCUGUCCAAACUAGGCCCAUCAUUCAAGGUCCUUCAACCAAUUUAAGGGUGGCUGCCAUUUUAGAGAAAGCAAAUGCAAUACGCCAUGCGUUUGCUGGAAGUGAUGAAGAUGAAGAUGAUGAUGAUAGUUGGAGUGAAUAGUGAUUCAUGAACAUCAAAUUGAUGCAAAAUACCAAGAUUCUCCUCCAUUGUAGUUAUUUACAUUUUUUUUAUUUUUUUAUUUUGGGGUUAUGAUGGUCUUGAAUUCUAUCUAUAGGAAGUUAUGAUAAGCUGUAUUAUAAUAUAUAUGCUUGCUGUAUCACCAUAUCGUGUAUAGAUUUUUUAUUCCUUUUUGCGACUGUGAUUUUACCUGUUUGUCCUUUCCAUGGAUGUUACUUUGGCCAUAUACGAGAAGUGCAAUUGUGUAAUUUAUCUUUUACUUC